ACAGCUCGAGAAACUCCGACCAAUAGGAUUAUGCAAAGCGUCCUAAGCGGAUGUCACGUCCGGUCUGAACAGCCGGCAGGAUUGAAGGAAGAAUCUGGAGUAACCCAUCCCAAGUGUCCUUUAUAUUUAAACACAUUUGAGUUAAAUCUAUCCCUGCAGUCACGAUGACUUUUGAUGUGCGGAGGUUUGAUAUCUACAGGAAAGUGCCGAAAGAUCUUACCCAGCCAACAUAUACUGGAGCUUUCAUUUCAAUAUGCUGCUGUGUCUUCAUGUUGUUCCUCUUUCUCUCGGAACUGACAGGAUUCAUCGCUACAGAAAUAGUAAAUGAACUGUAUGUGGAUGACCCUGAUAAGGACAGUGGAGGGAAGAUAGAUGUGAGUUUAAACAUCAGUUUGCCAAACUUACACUGUGAUUUGGUGGGUUUGGACAUCCAGGAUGAGAUGGGACGGCAUGAAGUGGGCCACAUAGAGAAUUCAAUGAAGGUGCCUCUUAAUAAUGGCCACGGCUGCCGCUUUGAAGGAGAGUUCAGUAUUAAUAAAGUUCCAGGAAACUUUCAUGUGUCGACACACAGUGCCACUGCUCAGCCCCAGAGCCCUGAUAUGACCCAUAUCAUCCACAAACUGGCCUUUGGGGCGAAGCUUCAGGUGCAGCAUGUCCAGGGGGCAUUUAAUGCAUUGGGUGGAGCUGACAGACUUCAGUCCAAUGCUUUAGCGUCACAUGAUUACAUUCUCAAGAUCGUUCCAACAGUCUAUGAGGAACUGGGAGGAAAGCAGAGGUUCUCCUAUCAGUACACCGUAGCAAACAAGGAGUAUGUGGCGUACAGUCAUACUGGCCGCAUCAUACCGGCUAUCUGGUUUCGCUAUGAUCUGAGUCCAAUCACAGUCAAGUACACGGAGAGAAGACAGCCUUUCUACCGCUUCAUCACUACCAUCUGUGCCAUCAUUGGCGGGACGUUCACCGUGGCCGGUAUCAUCGACUCCUGCAUCUUCACAGCCUCUGAGGCCUGGAAGAAAAUCCAGAUUGGCAAAAUGUCAUGAAUUGUAUUUGCAUGUCAAUCACGCCUUUUAUUUAUGCCAGCCAAACCUCUGUCCACUCAUCUUCACACCCCGUUAUGACCCAUACCAACCACAACCAGAAUAAUGUUGCGUCAUCCCAGAUGGCUUUUUCUGUGCGCUCAUUCAGAGUCACAUUUAAUGUGAAUAAUUCCAGAGCUUUCAUUUGGUGGAGGAAGGUGGUUUCCUUAUUUCACUGCCAUGCCAAAUUCAUCUGCACUUCUUAAUGCAGCCUUGCGUUUAGAGAACUGCUGUGGAAAGAACCUGUUUUUUUUACUCGUAGGAAGGACACCUGGCUUUUCUCUUUUAAUACUGUUUAGUGUUACAAGUGGCGUAGUGUGAUUUUGAGAGGUCAGUGUGAAUCCGCUUGAACAGAAUUCCUCUACAUUGGGUUGAUUUUUACCCUCAUUGGGACUGAACAGCAUUAAAGGGUUAAUCUCAUGAAACCUCUUAAAGAAUAUUGCACCAUAAAAUGAAACACGAAAUUUUUUUAAUCUAAAGUAUUUUCAUGUUGGCUGUAAUUAAUAAUGAAAAGUGUUUUAGUUUCACUUAUUUUGUCAGUUUAUUUACACAUCUGAAUUGUGUUUUGGUAUUUUGAUGUCUGAUCUGCUGACAUCUGAUGUUAAAAAUGAAAUCAUAAGUGUAUUUUAUUAACAUUUUGGUUUUUUUAAGUGAUAUAGACACUACACUACACAUUUGACUAUUGAGUAAUAUGAAUUAGUUGCAUGUACUUACUAUAUACUUGGGUUUAGAAUGACUUUUUAUUUGGCAUAAUUCAUUAUAAUUACAAUAGUAAGUACAUGGUGUAUGUGUAACUAUGUCACCUUAAAUUAACGUGUCAUUUUUGUGUAGUAGUUUUGAAACUAUAUAUUGCAUAAGAAUAAAUAUAUAUACAAAAUAAAUCUGUAAAACUACAGAAAAUGUACCGGCAGCUCAUUACUCUUAAUUUAUGUCAAAAACUCCAAUAAUAUAUCAUUUCAAACUACUAAAAACCUCAAUAAAAGUCACUUUAAAGUGAAUCUUUUUCCCUCUAAUGUUGUCAGAGCAGAAAUCAAGGUCCCAUAAUGCAAUUCGAAAGUGAAAAUAAAUGCACUGCACCCAUGAGUCAGGGAGAUGAACAGAUAUUUUUAAAGUGUAGUGUAGAUUGUUUAUAGUUAACAGUUAAACUCUUUUGCUGUUUAACAAAAACGGGGGCUCGUCCGGGAUUUAAAUCAUAAACUGUAAAAAGGGAUUAGUUGAUUUUGCUUAAAGUGAGUAAACCCAUUGACACUAGGAAUUUUUAAGUUGUCUAAAUUUUAUAUGUUGACUUAAUUUAAAUAUGCACAUUAUUUAUUUGCUUAAUAAUUUUUAAGGCAGCAGCUUUUUUAAGUGAAGUCAACUAAUCGCUUAAUACGUUGUACCCCUAAACCCAAUUCUCAUUUUAUUAGGCAGAUUUUAAACACAUCAGAGUAGUAUCGCCUUUAUCAUUUGCAGUUUUUAAUAGGUUUUAAUGUUUUUUUUUAUUGUUGACAGUCAGAUUGAAUAUCCUAGUUAAAUGUUGUACAUUUUCAUAAAAACACCAACACAGUUUUAAAGUUGUUACAUUAGAUUUAUUUCCUCCACGAUAUAUAUAUAUAUAUAUAUAUAUAUAUAUAUAUAUAUAUAUAUAUAUAUAUAUAUAUAUAUAUAUAUAUAUAUUUGUGAGUUAAGUGUUUCAUGAGAUUAACUUGUACAUCAUUUAAAGCAGUGUUUUUGUUAUGCAGUGUGUAUUCUCUGUUUUUCCAUGGUACAUUGGGUUUUCUUGCACUCGAGUGGCUUUCUGAUUACAGGCCUCUAUUUUGGUUUAUUGUAUUCACUUUUAAAGUGUUCAACUGAAGGGAAGUUUAUGAAUGUUUUUGUAUUUUUUUGUAUCCUAAAGGUUAUCUUGAAGGAAUGUUUUUAAGUUUAUUUCCGUAUCAUUCAAGGGUAUUUUGUGGCUUAAUGAUACUUUUAUUUCCACAGCCCAUAAUGGUUUAUUGGUUAUCCUUUAUUGUUUUGGAGAUUAUGCUGGAAACGUGUUGUUUAUGUCUCGUCAAGCCCUGCCGUAAAGAUCUUGAAUCAUUUCCUGCCAGUGUUAUGACCGCAGAUCUGGUUGAGCUGGUUACACUGGACCGUUCCUUAUGAAAGUAAACAAUGGUUCGAAUCUGUGAUGCGCUGUUGCGGUAGACAUGGCAACUGGGGUAUAUUUUCAUUCAAUAAGAAACAGAAACCACAACACUACAUUUCAACCUGACCAGUCGUUUGUUAUUGUUUUAAUCUAAGGACUCUGAAACUGCUUAGUUUAUUUUUGUUGUUCUCGUUUUUUAUCUGAUGGUGGAUCUCAACUUCCUGGUUGCACCUUUGUUUAUCAUGGUUAGAUUAAACCACAGCAAAAGCCAGUUACGUUGUUGUAUGUUUGUUCUUCUUUGUACGUCUUUUCAAAAUUUGGGUUACCAAUUAUUUUUUACUUUCAUUUCUUCAAAAUGUUAAUAAAGGUUUGCCAUAAUGUAAUAAAAAGGAGAAAAAAUAAAUUAUGGGGACAUGUAAA